CUCAGGCCCCUAUGCAGGCCCCGCCCCGGCUUGUCUCUUUCAGGUUCUCGCGAGGUUUGAGGCCGCGGCCCUGGCGGCUGCAAUAUGGCGGAGGCGGAAGGGGAGAGUCUGGAGUCCUGGCUGAAUAAAGCCACCAAUCCUUCCAACCGCCAGGAGGACUGGGAAUACAUAAUUGGCUUUUGUGAUCAGAUCAACAAAGAGCUUGAAGGGCCACAGAUCGCCGUCCGACUGCUGGCCCAUAAGAUCCAGUCUCCGCAGGAAUGGGAGGCAGUCCAGGCCCUGACGGUGCUGGAGGCCUGCAUGAAGAACUGUGGGAGGAGAUUUCAUAACGAAGUGGGAAAGUUCCGGUUUUUGAAUGAGUUGAUCAAAGUCGUCUCUCCAAAGUACCUGGGGGACAGGGUGUCUGAGAAAGUGAAGACCAAGGUUAUUGAGCUGCUUUAUAGCUGGACGUUGGCCCUGCCGGAAGAAUCAAAGAUCAAGGAUGCCUACCACAUGCUGAAGAGACAGGGCAUCGUGCGGUCUGACCCGCUGAUCCCUAUGGACAGGACACUGAUCCCCUCUCCGCCACCUCGUCCCAAAAACCCUGUUUUUGACGAUGAGGAGAAGUCCAAGCUUUUAGCCAAGUUGUUGAAAAGCAGAAACCCAGACGACCUGCAGGAGGCCAACAAGCUCAUCAAGUCCAUGGUGAAGGAAGACGAGGCGCGGAUUCAGAAGGUGACCAAGCGUCUGCACACUUUAGAGGAGGUUAAUAACAACGUAAAGCUGCUCAGUGAGAUGCUGCUUCAUUACAGCAAAGAGGAUUCUUCAGAGGCAGAUAAAGAGCUCAUGAAGGAGCUGUUUGAUCGGUGUGAGAGCAAGAGGCGGACGUUAUUCAAACUAGCCAGCGAGACAGAGGACAAUGACAGCAGUUUAGGGGACAUCCUGCAGGCCAGUGACAACCUCUCCCGGGUCAUCAACUCUUAUAAAACAGUCGUUGAAGGGCAGGUCAUCAAUGGUGAGGUGGUCACCUCAGCCAUUCCUGACUCUGAAGGCAACCACCGCUCCAGUAACCAAGGCACUCUCAUUGACCUUGCCGAGUUGGACGCGCCGAGCAGCUUGUCUCCAGUGCUGGCCCCCGCGCCCCGCCCCUCGGGCAUCCCUAUCCUCCCUCCGCCCCCCCAGGCCUUGGGACCUGGGCGCAGCCACUCGUCCAGCCAGGCUGAGGCCCCCCCGGGACCCAGCAGCACAAGCCACACCCUCAGCCUGCUGGACGAGGAGCUGCUCUGCUUGGGUCUCACCGACCCAGCCCCCUGUGCUCCUCCCAGAGAGUCAGCCGGAAACAGCCAGUGGCCCCUGUUCCAGGACGAACGGUCGAACCUGGACUUUUUCAGCCCCAAACCCGGAACUGAUGCCUGUAGCCUCUCAGAUGGGCCUCUCCUGCAGCCCUCAGCAGCCCCUGCAGGCAACUCCCAGGCCCCCCUGGUCCCAGCCAGCGUUCCGGCUCCCCCGGCCGGCUCCUUCUCGUUUUCCACCGGCCCGGCCCCAGCUUCGGCCCCCAAGGCUGAGCCCGCGGCCCCCGGGCACCAUGGUUCAGCUUUGGGCGACAGCACCCUGCACCAGCUGGAUGCCCUCGAUCAGCUUCUAGAAGAGGCCAAAGCGACCUCAGGCCUGGUGAAACCCGUCUCCUCCGGCUUCUUUGCUGGCGCUGCCACCUCUCCUCUGCUCCCCGCCAGCACCUCAGCUAGACCUCUCCUCCCCUUCUCCACGGGGCCCGGCAGCCCUCUCUUCCAGCCACCUGCUUUCCAGUCCCAGGGCAGCCCCGUGCAGGGGCCCGAGCUCUCCCUGACCAGUGUCCAUGUCCCCCUGGAGUCUAUCAAGCCUAGCAGCGCCCUUCCUGUGACAGCCUACGAUAAAAACGGCUUCCGCAUCCUCUUCCAUUUUGCCAAGGAGUGCCCUCCAGGACGGCCCGACGUGCUGGUGGUGGUAGUGUCCAUGCUGAAUACGGCUCCCUUGCCUAUCAAGAGCAUCGUGCUGCAGGCUGCAGUGCCCAAGUCAAUGAAAGUGAAGUUGCAGCCACCCUCUGGGACAGAACUCUCUCCGUUUAGCCCCAUCCAGCCACCUGCAGCCAUCACCCAGGUCAUGCUGCUGGCCAAUCCACUGAAGUGGCUGAGUGAGGAAGAGGUGGUAGGAGCAGGGCCUGUCCCUCAGCACAGAGAGGGCCCCAAGGGUAUCACAGAAGAGAGCGUCUCACACGCUGCUCCUCUGCCGCAGGAGAAGGCGAGGCUUCGGUACAGGCUGACCUUCGCCUUGGGGGAGCAGCUGAGCACGGAGGUGGGGGAGGUGGACCAGUUCCCCCCUGUGGAGCAGUGGGGGAGCCUGUGACCCCAGAGGACACUGUCAUCUGCACUUUGGAGCCCAGGCAGGCUGCCCUGAGACGGGAGGCUCUCCAGGUCCAGUCCUUCUUCACGUCCUGACUGCAGUGCUUAAGAGCUUUGAUGUGGAACAGGGGGCCUGGGCAUUGAUUGCUGCCAGGAGCCGAGCUGCUGCUGCGAUGAUCUCUCCUCCUCUGGCCCCCUAAAAGGACCUGUUUUUAUCUACCUGUGUGACUUGAAGUGGCCACGUGCGUCAGGGGUGGGGAGUGGCCCCAGACUCUGCACCCCUGCCCUGGGAACAUGGACCCAGGGCUGGAGUAGGUUUUUCCCCCUUGUGCUGGCAUCCUCUGAUGCCACAGAGGCGGAGGUCUCCAAAGACAGACUCAGGGCCCUCCCUCAAGGACCACGUCCUCACACCCCCAGAGGUCUCAGCUCCCCACCGCUGCUCCGUGCUUCCCCUUGGCAGGCUCCUGCUCCCGUCUCCAGGGAGGUGGGCAAAGCCCAAUGGUCCUGAACGGCCCUGGGCCCAGGGUAAGGAGUUGGUAUGCUGCCAGAUCUCCAACCCUGCCCUCCAUGGGCAGCGUCAUCCUGGAGUGGCCACUGGAUGAUGAGUUGUGUGCUUGUCCCUGGUGGUGGCGGGCUGUGUCCUAUGGACGUCGCAGUAGGAUGAGGAACUCAACUCAAGCUCUUAGAAGAACUUGGCCUCAUGGCAGCCUAAACUGCAGAUAGGAAGGAAAGAAGACGGAAGAGAACCAGUGUUUCUCCUCCGGAAGCAGGUCCUCGGCACUUUCUGGGAAAAGCGUGCCUCCUGCUACGGGAGCAGGCCAUCCUACUCACUCACUACCUCUUGCUCCGCAUGAAAUAAAACUGCUGUCCUGCCCUUCACGCCUCUGAAGGGGAGGUCGACUCCCAGCGCCCUGUGUCCUCCUGCUUCGGCCUCCCCUGCCUCCCACCAGACACCAGAUGGCCUGUGGUGUGGCACGUGAUUGGGAACAGGAGGCCUCAGGGUCAGGCACGUUGCACUAGUUUUAUGUCCAUACCUGCUGCCCAGAAACCCUGUCCCCAGCCACCCAGGGGCACUGUCAGCAAGAUGUUGGGUCUGGAGGUGGUGAGAUUAGGGGCCUUGCUUGAAUCGAGUCACCAGACCCUAUUGCUUCAACAGUGCUCAGCCCAAGCUGCUCCACCCACUAGAUGCGACUGGGCCAGGGACUCUAGGCCUCACAGGGCAACAGGAGAGCGAGACCCACCAGCUGGGGAAAGAGCAUACAGCUCACCUGAGCUCAGAUGGAUGAUAGGCUCAGAGCCAUCGCUGGGGAAAGGUGGCACAAACCACGUUCCCUGACCCCUCCCCUGCUCCCUGCCAGGCUUCCUUACUCUAUCAAUAUAGAGGUCAUCUCCCCUUCCCUCCCACUGUUGGCAAGCAGGUUUCACUGCUUCACUAGGACAGUCAAAAGUGAAUCAGUUUCACUACUUAAGGAAUAAACCCAAGAGCUUUCCAGAGACGGGCUGCUGCAGCCCUGGGAAGGUCUGUGGGCCUACUAUAUGGAAAUGUACCUUGAUGAUAAGCUUUAGACUUUAAAAUUAUUUAUGAGUGUUACUCGUUACUAUUGAGGUCACUGCUUUGUGACAAAAACUGUACUGGAUAUAUCAACUGCUGCCCUUGUUUUGCUGCAUGUUAAAUAAACCAUUUUCGCCCCA